AACCCCCCGUGGUGUGCUAUUGUCAUUCAUUAUCCCCAUAUCCUCUCUCUCUCUCUCUCUCUCUCUCUCUCUCUCUCUCUCUCUCUCUCUCUCUCUCUCUCUCUCUCUCUCUCUCUCUCUCUCUCUCUCUCUCUCUCUCUCUCUCUCUUUCCCUCCCUCUGUCACUUUAUAUGUCUCUCUCUGCCUCCCUCACUCUCUAUGUCUGGCUGUCUGGCUCUCUCUGUCCUCAUGUGUCGCGAUACGAUGCAAUCCGUUCUGAUCACUCAUACAUCUGCGUCGUCGCAAUUUCAUCGCACAUAAACUGCAGGAUACUACAAUUAUACCAUUCCCAUUCCCAUUCCUAGUCUCGCUUGGGCAUUUAUCAACAAGUAGGCUUCCGCUAAGUAACAUCGCAUAUCAAAAAGGGGAGCGUUUCUUUGUCUCAUCGGUCGGGACAGGGAGGCGUGCAGCAACCAGAGGGUGGAGCAGGACGUGUGACGAGGCGAGGGAGACGCACCAGAAAGGUGCGUCAGGAGAAAGACGCUCCGCAUGCUCAUUGGACGAAAGGGAGGAGGAGGGCAGGAGGCGACUAGCGAGACCAUCUCUCUAUCUGCAGGAGACACGAGUAAUGCAACUGUGUGACAACCACUACGUAUGAUUCCGCUGCACAGUGUUUUUCUGGGCUGGAUGAUGACUUGUUGUUCGCUGUUCCUACUCAUGGAGGUCCAUUAUCUUCUGGCGCAGACGGUAGAAACCGAGUAGCUUGUAGGGUGUAGAAACAGGAGCUUUUAGACGAACAGCUGCAUGAAAGUUUGAGCUCCUCUCGCCUCCUCGGCCACCUGAAGCCUCACCGGAUUUCCCUGUGUUUUUUUUUUACAUUCAAAUUAUUCUUAUUUAUUUGUUGAAUGGGUUCGCCAUGUUUUUAGGUCAACUGGUUGGAGGGACGUUAGAGAUAAUGCAUCCCACGGUAGAGAAAGAUACAACUUACACCAAGAUCUGUGGGGGAUUACCGUACCACACCAGCGACGCGUCGCUGGGGAAAUACUUCGAGAGCUUCGGGGCUGACGAGGCGGUGGUGAUCACCGACCGGCAGACCGGCAAGUCCAGAGGAUAUGGCUUUGUGACCAUGAUGGACCGAGGCGCAGAACGGGCCUGCAAGGACGCCAACCCCAUCAUAGACGGCCGGAAGGCCAACGUUAACCUGGCCUACCUCGGAGCCAAGCCCCGCAGCCCACAGACAGGUCUCUCUGUUGGAGUUCAGCCAGUCCAGCCUGCUUGGAUUCAGAGACAAUACGGGCUGGCCCAGCAGUACGUGUAUCCCCAGGCCAUGCUCCAGCCGGGCCUGGUCCUGCAGCCGCAGCUCAGCAGCCCCCCGGCCGCGCUGGCCUCCCACUACCUGGACUACAGCUCCGUGUACAGCCACUACGCCGGCCUGGCCGGGGGGGGCCUGGAGCAGUACCCCUACGCCCCCUCGCCCACCGCCGGGUACCUCGGCUACGGCUUCUCCCCGGCCGCCGCCGCCUCAGCCCCGGGACACGCCAUCAGCCCGCCCAUCCACGCGCACCCUCCUCUUCCUCCGCCUCCUCCUCCUCCUCAGCUGGCCCCGCUGGUCGGUGGGCCGCCCGCCUCCUACCUCCACUACCCUCUCCUCCAGCCCGACCGCAUGCAGUGACCUUCCAGCGCGUGACCAGUGGCUGAUUGGUGGCCUAGGGGGGGGUUAUGGGGUUAUGGUGGAGCCACUGGUGCACUAUGAACCCGUGACAUCAUCAGGGUGGAGUGUCGGGAGGGGAGGAGUUUGUUGACAUGUUAAAGGGCUUACGGACAGCACAUAUUUGGUCUUUUUUGGUGUACUUUGGUGUUAUUUGGUGAGGAGAGGUAUCCGCACAAAAGAAGAGCUGUUUCAAAGUGGGGGUGGGAGAAGGUAAAAAAAACGUAUAAUCUGCAUAAGCGAGACAUUUGAGACAUUCUUUUCACCACUUUCUCGCUGAAGUGCUUCAUGUGUUGGAUGAGAAAGGCAUCCAGUGGACAUGUUGUGAGGGCAGUUCCUCCAGAGCCACGGGGCCGGGGCCGUCCUGAGAACAGUUCCACUUCCAGAGCCCCCUUCUGCAGGAACACAAUUUGUUGUCCUUAGGAAACCUCUCAUCAUAAAACUGUUGUGCUCUCCUCUUUGUUCGUGUUUAGCGUUUUUACUACUGCAGAAAGAAAAAACAAUAAUAUUUAGACUCCAUUUUGUUGAAUGUCCUGUUGCUAGUUGGUGUUUUUAUCUACUGCUGGUAAGUUCUUAUACGAUGAUAAUCAGAGUUUGACUAAAUAUGCAAUUAGGGCGAUACAGAGAUGACCAGGGGAACGGUAGUCUACACUGACUGUAACAAACUCUUUUAUACUGCUUAACUGGAGAGAGAGCAAAAUGAACAAUUAAAACCCAAAUCCAUUCCUCGCAUCACAUUUUCAGACUGUUUUUAAACCUGUAAAUCUUUGUAUAACAGCACAGUCAUGUGUUGUAAUGCUACUUAAAAUGCACAUUUUUAAAAAAAAAAAAAAAAAAAAAAAAAAGCAAACGUCCUAGUAUUUGUGACUGUGCGCGAAGAUUAGCACAAUCAACUCUGUAUGGUUGGGGUGUAAGAAAGAACAGGAGGGACGGAAGGACACUCGCUGUGGGUUGCAGUGUCAGGACCCAGUUGUCCACUCUCUCUCUCAUUGUGUCUGUCAUCCCAUUGUUCUUAACCAGCUGCAGAGUGAACACAGAGGAGGCAGCGAUGGCACUCGGGUCCGUCCGUACAGUCGCUCCACAAGCCAUACAGCUAAUAAAUACAAGAGAUAUGCAAAAUA